GUCACAUGUUUGAAAACAAAUAUCAUCAUAUGGUAUAUUGCGAAUUUUUGAAAACAUUUCAUUGAUCCAACAACAACAACAAAAAAAUAUGCGAUCCAUUCUCAUAUUGCGAACUGUUUCAUCGGUUUUCAAUCGUAAUGGUUGGAAAAAUGUUGAUAAAUUUUCAUCUUCAUCAUUAUUCUUGAGCGAUCGCAAUCUAAAUCAUUGUCGACCAUCAUCAUCAUCAUCGAAUGUUCGAACAUUUUCAUCAUCCGGUAUAUUGAAUGUUUCAUUAUUACGUUCACAUGAUGAACUUUGUUUUAUGAGAAAAUCGCUUAUUUUUCAUCCAAGAUUCAAUUCGACAACAGCUAAAACCACCGCAACAGCAGCAGCAACAACAACAACAAAUAAUAAUGUAGCCUCAGAAAAUGUAAUCGAUCUUACGGCCAUUGAUGUACAAAAAUCGCCAUUGUUGGACAAUGAAUUCAUAUCGAAUGCUGUGCUUGAAACAUCAGUGGCAUCAUUGAAUCUAGGAUCAAAUUAUACUCCCGUUGGUUGGUGUGUUAAUUAUCUAGAUUUUUUACAUUCGGUAUUUCCAUGGUGGGGAGCUAUUGCUGUCGGAACAAUCAUCCUAAGGCUUUGUCUGUUUCCAUUAGUCGUAUCGGCUCAAAAAUCAGCAGCCAAAUUAAAUGAACUUUUACCUGAACAAGCAAUAUUAAAGGAAAAAAUGAAUCAAGCUAGAAUCAGCGGCGAUAGCAUAGAAUUUGCACGUUUAUCACAAGAAUCAAUGUCAUUGUAUAAACGAAAAGGUGUGAAUCCUUUCAAAACAAUGUUAGCUCCAUUUGCUCAAGCACCGGUAUUUAUAACGUUUUUCAUAACAUUACGGCGUAUGGCCAAUUAUCCAGUGGAAUCAUUGAAAACAGGCGGUUUAUUUUGGUUCACCGAUUUAUCCGUUAGUGAUCCAUUAUUUGCAUUGCCAGUGAUAACUUGUGCUACAUUAUGGUUAACAUUGGAAACAUCUUUCCGUAGUGGUUUAAAUCCAAAUCAAACACCAUUGAUAAAAUAUGGUGCCCGUGUAAUUCCUUUGAUAACAUUGGCAUUUACAUUCAAUUUUCCAUCAGCCAUUUUAAUGUAUUGGUGUACGAAUAAUUUCAUUUCGUUAAUACAAGUAAAUUUAUUAAAAGUGACACAAGUUCGUAGUUUUCUCAAUAUACCACAGAUUAAAGUGAAACCACAACAAUUGGAUGUAAAUAAAAAAUCAUUCACUCAACAUUUUCGUGAAACAAUGGAUAAUGCAAAAAUUAAACGUAUAAUGGAAGAACGAAAUUCAUUGGAUGAAAUCAACUUUAAAAAAGCCGGUGUUGGACCAUUACAGAAAACAUUUAAACAUGAUCCAACAGCUAGAAAUUGAUAAUCGUUAAUAAAAAAAAUAAUGAAAUGAAAUGAAAUUUGAAUUUAA